AUGUCACAAAAUAAUGAUAAAGCCUCGGAUGAGCGCACCUGCCAAACAGUGCCGUGCGCUACUACUCGUCGGGAAGAAUCGGCCCGUCGAGAUUACGUAGAUUCACCUUUACCAGGCCUUGCUAGCCAAGGCAGCGAGUACUUCGCCUUCCGUCGAAGCUCGCUAUUGAGCCGCUCACCACCAAAGAAUGUAGCGGAGGAACCGGAGAGCAUUUCAAGUGCCACCUCAGAAACGGAUGAGGAUGAGGAGGAAGUAGGGGAAACCCUGAAUAACACCGUGGUAGACACGUUAAAUAUGGACCUGGAAAGUCAAACGCCAGAGCGUGUAAGACAUCCGUCUUUUGAUGGUACGUUAGAAAGAAAAACACCUAUGGAGGAUAAAACUCCGGAAAGAGAUAGAAAGAAGAGGAAGAGGAUGCCCGGACACGAUAGCUCAGAAAAAAGAAACGUGGAGGAAGAAAACGAAAAUGCGAAAAGCGCAGCCACAGUUAAGAAGGGUAUAGAGAAUAUGAUAAAUCUGGUGAAAUCGUUAAAACAAAAUGAGGAACAGAAUACGAAACGGGAGAUGAAGAGAAUAAUAAAGCAAAUGCAGAGACAGGUGGAAGUUUUCGAGAGAGACGAAAUUAAAAAAUGGGUAGAUACGGCGGGAGAACGAAAAGAAUUUAAGAUCCCAGGAAGGGAGAAAUGCACGCAAACUGAAACAGAAGAAGACAGAAGGAAGAAUGAUGAGGUAAAUAAAAUAAGAAACGCCAGAACCUUCGAGGACUGGGUCAAAACGGUAGACAUGAAGUGGCCCGAGGAGAGCUUUGAGAAAACAAAUGUAAAGGAGGGAAAUCCGCUCUGGCAAAGGGAAAUAACAACUAGGGUAGUGAUCGUCGAACCCGAUGACCCGGAUAUGGACAAAAGUAUCCAAAAUCAGUACAGGAGAGCGUACCCCGAACUCUCAGAAAUCUGCGAAAACUACGAAGAAAUAGAACAAAUAACGAGAAAAAGAAUUAGAGGCGAAGAAAGAGAAAGUAAAGAGAAGGUAGUGAAGCUGAUGACAAAGGGUACGGACGACUCGAUAUGGAAAGCACUAGAAGAGCUUAGACGGAAUAACACGAGCGAAAAGAAAAUUGCGAUACACCAUCUAAGACAAAUAAAAUUAACUAGGUUUAGAAAAAUGCUCGAAGUGGUUUUCAAAGAUUCUAACACCGAAAUAGAAAUAUACACGACGCAGACGAAAAUCGAUGAGGAAGAGAGGGAUGUAAAGAAAGAUAACGAAAGAAAAACGUACGCCAUAAUAGUAGAAAGACCAGGAAAGACUUACGAAGAAACAGUAGAAGGAAUCAGAAGUAGGUUGGAGGAGAAGAGAGAGGCGGAAAUAAUAGAGGAGAUUAGAAGCACGAGGGACGGGAAAGUGCUAAUAACCACCCAAAAGGAAGAGAAAGCAGCAAGAGAACUACAAAAUGUGCUGAGAAACGAAAAAGGCCAAACGGUAACAGGCAGGGGAAUGGGACGACGCGAAGGAGCCAACACCGUAAUUAAUAUUAAGGGACUAAUGAUAACGACUGGGCAGGGCGAAAUAAAGCAGGCAAUAAUUGGAAAAACAGGCGAAAUAGACGAGGCCAAUUUUAAGAUGAGCUCUCUACGGCCGUAUGCCGGUAGUAUGAUGGCGGUAACCGUAGAGCUGAAAACGGAAUGUGCCCAGAUAUUGAUAAGAGAAAAGAAAAUAAGGGUGGGACUAGCGAUGUGUCGGGUCGAAGAAAGGAAAAGAGCAACCAGAUGCUGGAGAUGCUGGUCGACGGGUCACCUGGCGAGAGAUUGCAACGGACCAGACCGGACAAACUGUUGUUAUAACUGUGGAGAAGAAGGGCACCAACUUAAAGAAUGUAAGAACCCCCCUAAUUGUCCCAAAUGCGGAGCAGAAGGACAUAGAGCGGGUAGCGGAGGGUGUAAAACCUAUCGGCGUCAAGCACAGCAAGAAACACAGAGGAAGAAGCAGUUUGAAUCAAAAGAAGAGACAUCACCAAAGUCACCUACAGAGAAGGCAGAAAAGAACGACUCGAGAGGAGAACAAAUGGAAUGCAGCACCCCCCUGAAAAGUCAGGAUGGGAGGAAAUCGGAAAGUGAAGAAACGCCGAUAGAACAGAAACUUGGGACCACCAACAAAGAGAAGGAAAGUAAGGGGGAGGAAUGGAAAGAAAUAAAAGGUAAAAAGAAAAAACAAGGGUCGGGGACGCCGGGAACGAGCUCGACAGAGAAGGGAAAGGAGAAGAGAGAAGCAAUUAAAAAUGACCAGCAACAAAGUAAAGAUAAUGCAGCUAAACUGCAAUGGAAGAUGGGUCUGUCACGACCUAAUAGAAAGGGAAAGGAGAAAGAAAGGGAUAGGUAUAGUAAUCGGUCAGGAGCCGAACUUAAGAAAAUCACAAAGUCUGCAUACAGAUAG